CGAGGACCCCUCUAGGACCGACUACCUAGUCCCUCGAAGUGCGCAUGUCAGUGGAGUCUGUCGUUCUCUUUCUGCCGUGGCAUCUGGAGUCAUACUGAAAGCAAGCAGUACACCAGUCAAUCACCAUGGGCAAGGAAAAGAUUCAUAUUAACAUCGUUGUCAUUGGGCAUGUAGACUCUGGGAAGUCGACUACUACUGGACAUUUGAUUUACAAGUGUGGUGGUAUUGAUAAGAGAACAAUUGAGAAGUUUGAGAAGGAAGCCCAGGAGAUGGGCAAAGGUUCGUUCAAGUAUGCUUGGGUUUUGGACAAGCUGAAAGCAGAACGAGAACGUGGUAUCACCAUCGAUAUUGCGCUGUGGAAGUUUGAGACUAGUAAAUAUUAUGUUACUAUUAUUGAUGCACCUGGGCACAGAGAUUUUAUAAAGAACAUGAUUACUGGAACUUCUCAGGCUGAUUGUGCUGUGCUUAUUGUUGCUGCUGGUACUGGCGAGUUUGAAGCUGGUAUUUCUAAGAAUGGUCAGACACGUGAGCAUGCACUGUUGGCUUUUACCUUGGGUGUGAAGCAGCUGAUUGUGGGUGUUAACAAGAUGGACUCUACAGAGCCACCAUACAGUGAAACCCGAUUUGAGGAAAUCAAGAAGGAAGUUAGCAACUACAUCAAGAAGAUUGGUUAUAACCCUGCUGCGGUUGCAUUUGUACCAAUCUCUGGCUGGCAUGGGGAUAAUAUGUUGGAGCACUCUGACAAAAUGUCGUGGUUCAAGGGAUGGUCAAUUGAGAGGAAGGAGGGCAAGGCUGAUGGCAGGUGCCUCAUCGAAGCCUUGGAUGCCAUCCUGCCCCCAAGCCGACCUACAGAGAAACCUCUUCGUCUUCCUCUACAGGAUGUAUACAAAAUUGGUGGUAUUGGAACAGUGCCUGUGGGCCGAGUCGAGACUGGUGUAUUGAAACCUGGCAUGGUGGUUACUUUUGCCCCUGCAAAUUUGACUACUGAAGUGAAGUCCGUUGAAAUGCAUCAUGAGGCUCUGACGGAGGCUGUGCCUGGUGACAAUGUUGGUUUCAAUGUGAAGAAUGUUUCUGUUAAGGAGCUGCGUCGUGGCUAUGUUGCCGGAGAUUCCAAGAACAAUCCUCCCAAAGGAGCUGCUGAAUUCAUUGCUCAGGUUAUUGUGCUGAACCACCCUGGCCAGAUUUCAAAUGGAUAUACUCCAGUCCUAGAUUGUCAUACAGCUCACAUCGCCUGUAAAUUUGCUGAGAUAAAGGAGAAGUGUGACCGUCGUACUGGUAAGGUCACUGAGGAGAAUCCAAAGUCCAUCAAAUCUGGUGAUGCGGCUAUUGUUAACCUUGUUCCCAGCAAACCGAUGUGUGUGGAGUCUUUCCAGGAGUUCCCACCACUUGGACGUUUUGCUGUGCGCGACAUGAGGCAGACUGUUGCAGUCGGUGUUAUCAAGAGUGUCACCACUAAGGAUGUUACAAGUGGUAAGGUAACGAAGGCUGCUGAGAAGGCCCAGAAGAAGAAAUAACUAGGUGUGCUAAUUGGUCCAUCAGUGGCGGUUGUCUCAUUGCAGCUCUCUGCACCGCCAGUAGCUCUCCAUCGCUUUUUCAACAUGAGCUGCCUUCUCUUUCUUUCCAAGUGGCUGCUGAAGCAUUUUUUCCAUCGUAAAGAAUUUCGAAGGAAAGGCUGGUUUCUUUCAUGCCUACAGUUUUAGCCCGGCUAUCUUAAUUUUAUUACUUGUCGAUAUUACGAAUGAAGGAAUUUACGUAAACAGAAAAUGAAUGACAUAAGUUUCUUUGUUGAAAUUUGUUUGAAUAAUGGGAGAGAAAGGGACUUUUUUAUUUUCAUUCCUUUCAUUUUCUGUGUUCCUGAAAUAAAGGUAUAUGUUAAUACAGUGUAACAGCUUCUGUACAUAACUUCAAAGUGGUAACAUACAAGGGCCAAUAAAGAAGCUUUGAACCAUGAA